AUGGAGGGAGGAAUAGAGUUACGCAUUGCUGCAGCAAUAUUAAAUUUCUUAGAGCAACAAGAAUUCACCAAGGCAGCAAAAGCAAUAAGAAAAGAAGCAGCAAAAAGGGAAUGGGAUAUUGACACAGCAGCAGCAGCAGCAGAUUCUUUUGAUUUGCUGCAGCUAUGUACAGCAGCAGCAGCAGCAGAAGGUAAGACAAACCUUAAUUAA